AUGACUCUUGUUAUAGUGAUAAAAGCAGAUGUGGGAUGUGUCCGUUGUCAAGACAGAGUCUCUAAGAUUGUCUCCAAGAUGACCGGAAUCGAAGAAUACGUGGUUGAUUUAAAGAACAAGCUGGUCAUGACACGAGGUGCCUUUAGACCGCGUUUGGUUUCUCAUCAACAAGUCAAGGACGUUAUUGUCUCUCAAACUCUGCCCCAAAACGCCAAACGCUUUUUUCGACCUCUAAACCUCUUACUUCGAUCCAUUUUCUCGCGUUGCUUGUUAUGUCCAAGUACACUUUAA